AUGUCUCCAGAGUACGCAUUGAGAGGAAUCUUUUCGGGAAAAUCUGAUGUAUUUAGCUAUGGCAUGUUACUACUAGAGAUAAUAAGCGGGAAAAAGAAUACUAGCUUCAAGAAUGAGGAUCAAUACCAAGGCCUUAUUGCAUAUGUGAGUAGUUCACAAAAGAAACCUCUCAAAUUGUGUUAUUAUGUUUGUGUGUUGUGGUGGAAAAUUGAGGCUGAUAUCAAUGUAAUGAAACAAUCAUGGCAGCUAUGGAGUGAAGGCAGAGGAAUAGAGUUGGUGGAUGAAGCAUUAGGCGAGUCAUAUAAUGAAUCAGAGGCAUUGAAAUGCAUACACAUUGGGCUUCUGUGCGUUCAAGACUUUGCCACAUAUAGACCUUCCAUGGCUCAAGUAACCUCCAUGUUAAGUAACCAAAUAUUUGAUCAACCUCAACUCAAACAACUUAUUUUUACUUUUCAAGCCAGCAAUAGUAGUUAUGAUCCUUCCACACAAAGUGGUAGUAGAUGCUCUGCCACUAUAUCUGUGCUUGAACAUCAAUAA